AUGCAGUCUCUUCAAGCAAUUUGUGAGACACCGGAGUCAUUGUUUGAACAUUCAGGCGAGGAACUACUGCACUUGGUGCACAAGGAGUUUCCAGAGGAGUUCGAUCGCCUGCAGCGCGCAGACUCCAUCCGAGACGGCCCAUGGACACCUCCAAACACGCCGUCUCCAUCGUACAUUUUGUACAAGAAGAAUUAUGACGAAGUAAAUCGUACACUAUUGGGCGUUCUAGCUUUACGUUGGAUUCAUACAGGCCAAUAUGAGGUUUUCAUUGCUUCACAACCUGCCGACGCCAAGUUGACGAGAGCCUCGUUUGAUUGGAUUCGGGCAUUUUAUGCACAAAUAAUCAGUGAUCGGACUUCUCUUUUCACCUUGAUUACAUUGAUUAUCAUCCAUGAUCUGGGAAGGGAUCCAAAGAUGGCAUCUGAUUGCCGUGCGCAGACUGGGGUGGACAUCUCUACCCUCAAUCACGAUGCGAUUCUGCUUGAAGCCUGCAAAGCCAGUCUGGUCCCGAAGCUAGCCCUUCUUCCAGAUCAAGAUAGAGUUGACGCACUUCGUGGGAUCGAGCUUGGGGCCACUUUCAAUUUUGGUCAGUUGGCACAGGCAGAGAAUGUCCCGGCUUCUCUGACCGGUCUAUACAAGAUGCGAGGCCAUAAUCGCAGCUUCAGACUCCACUUUAUGAAGCAACUGCUUCAGGUUGCCGGAGAUGCGGGACACAUGGAUUGGAGCUGUGCGAAGAAACUUAUCCAGCCUGUAUUUGAUUCUUAUCGCAAUGUUUACGAUGCAUGCGAGGGUAUCAUUGCCGGUACCUUGACUGUUCGCAGCGGGUAUGACCUAGUACUGACUCGGCGAGCGGAGUUACUUCGUGAUCAGAACGUCCGGGUAUAUCAUGUAGAAGAUGUGUUGGAGGACCGCGCCUUGAUGCGAUUGCUUUGUAUGGUGAAUGUCACUAUGGCCGACGAGGCCUUCCUCUACGAAGGGGCUUGGCAGGCCUUAGAAGAUCCGAUCAGGGAGACUCUGGUGCGUGGGCUCAAUUUGGAUGGCAAGAGGAGUGAGGCUGCUGUUCAACCGACGUAUAUGUCCGUUCUUCUCGGGCUUGUCAAAGACGAAAACGCGUUGGUCUGUAUAUUCCGCUAUCUUGCUCAGAUACUGAGUGCUACCGAGGUGGGGGAUCCUGUGGCUGUGGUGAUUGAGCGCAGUGUUUACACAGUACUCAAACAAGUCAUUGAAAGUAAAGAGUUCAAGAAUGAUCCGUCUAUCUUGGAGAUGGUCGAUGUGCCUGCUGGCGUGGUGCUUCUCACCACUGCAUCACUUUGA